ACUUUCUCCAAAGGUCGGUCCGUUUCAGGCAUCAAUUGUAACUAUCUGAUCAUGUCUCACUCAGGUGCUCAAGGCAGCAUUGGCAGCCACUCUGCCAUCGGGCUGCGUAAUCACAAGAUAUACCUCUAUGAAUUCGAGAACUUCCAGGGCCGUAGGAUGGACCUGUUCGCAGAGUGCCGCAACCUGUGUGAGAAGGGAUUUGAAAGAAUCGGCUCCAUCAGGGUCGAAUGUGGACCCUGGAUGGGUUUUGAGCAGCAGAACAUGACCGGGGAGAUGUUCAUGCUGGAGAGGGGAGAGUAUCCUCGCUGGGACACCUGGUCCAACAGCUACAGGUGUGACCGCAUCAUGUCCAUCAGGCCCGUCAGAAUGGACCCCCAGGACCACAAGAUUUGUCUGUUUGAAUGUACAAACUUCGAGGGUCGUAAGAUGGAGGUGUGCGAUGAGGACAUUCCAAGUCUGUGGUCUUAUGGCUUCCAGGACCGUGUCGCCAGCAUUCAGGUCACCGGUGGGACCUGGGUGGGUUACCAGUAUCCCGGCUACCGUGGCUUCCAGUAUGUGUUUGAAAUGGGCUCUUUCAAGCACUGGAAUGAGUGGGGAGCCCACCACCCCCAGAUCCAGUCCAUCCGCAGGGUGAGAGACAUGCAGACACACCGCAGAGGCUGCUUUGAGUUCACUGCAUAGAGGAGCCCAGCAGACUGCAGGCAAACAGGAGGGAACAGCAAAGGCUCAGGCUUGUCACGCUGCUAAACAUCCCUUGGAAAAUUCUACAAAAGCCGUUUAGCCGCACGAGCUAACGGCUUCAGAAUAUUGUUAUUGCUUUUACUGGCAGGAUUUGGAAAAAUGUGGCACUGUGAAUGAUUCUGAAUGAGAUGAGAAGUUCUUAUUGUCACAAACUCUGGUAAAAACAGUUGCAAUGCUCUCUGUCUACAGACCUCAUAGAAAGAUUAUAUGAUUUAUCAUAUUUAUAAAUAGGGGGAUUAUAGGGGAUCGGUAGAUUUAAUAGUUUGUGUUUAUGAGUUUGUUUUAAAUACUAUUUGCAACCAUACCUGCAAACCUUUUACUUUCAUUUUUAUUUACUUGCCUGUAUGUUUCAAGCUGAAAUGAUGCCAAUAAGCCUGUUCAUCAGAGCGCUCUCCCUCUCCUGGGACACACAAUCAUAUCACUGCUCACUGAUACUACCAUGGACAGCUCUCACCUCUGCACAUGUCCUGCAGUAAGGUUGCUAUGCAGAGGGAGGCACUAUUUCCUUAUCACAAAGCUAAAGCCUCAGUGCCCAGAGGAGGAUGUUGGUCAGCCGGUGAUUAAACAAGAGGAAGGGAGGCUGUGCAGGGAUGUGUUUUGCUGAUGUGAAUAUCUUUUGGCUGGCCUGUUUCAGCUUAUUGAUGGGACUGUCCAGAAGAUUUGCAUUUUACACUUUCUCAGGGAUGCUGGCAUCUGGAAAGCAACUUUCCAAUAGAAAAAAAUGAAAUAAAAAGUUAUUAUAAUUGAAA